CGAGACAACAAAAGGCAAAGCUGGAGAGACGACGUCGGAAGCUCUAUUUCCACCACCCCGCUUUGGUGAUCGAAGGCGAGAGGGGGCUUAAAACCAGCGAGCUGUUUCGGUGCCUCCCCGAAAGUUUCCUUCGCCCCCAGCCCAGGAUGGAAAGCCCUCCUCUUUAUCUCCUCCCUUUGCUCCCUCUCAUCGCUUUCCCAUCUCCCUUAUCUUCCUGUUGGACUGCUCUGAGCGACGGCGCUGGGUCGAGAUGGGGCGAGGCAAGAUAGAGAUCAAGCGGAUCGAGAACUCCACUAACCGGCAGGUGACCUUCUCCAAGCGCCGGAAUGGCAUCAUCAAGAAGGCGAGGGAGAUCAGCAUCCUCUGCGACGCCCACGUCUCCGUCGUCAUCUUCUCCGGCUCCGGGAAGAUGUCCGACUACUGCACCCCCACCACCGCGUUGCCGAAGAUCCUGGAGAGGUACCAACAGAACUCCGGGAGGAAGCUCUGGGAUGCAGAGCAUGAGAGUCUGAGUGCUGAAAUCGAUCGGAUCAAGAAAGAGAAUGACAACAUGCAGAUCGAGCUAAGGCAUCUGAAGGGGGAGGAUCUGAACUCACUUUACCCUAAGGAGCUGAUCCCUAUCGAAGAGGGCCUCCAGAUUGGGCUCGCCAGCGUGAGGGAUAAGCAAAUGGAGAUCUGGAAGAUGCACAAGAAGAAUGAGAAGUUGCUCGAGGAGGAGAACGAGCAACUGACUUGUAUGCUGCACCACCAGCAACGGGCAAUGGAAGGAAAUGUCAUGGAACUGGAGGUUGGGUAUCAUCAAAGGGAUUGCGAAUUUGCCCCCCAGAUGACUAUGGCCUUCCGCGUGCAGCCGAUUCAGCCUAACUUGCAGGAGAACAACAAAUGAUAACAAGAGCUUGUCAUUUGUCAGUCUAAUCUGGGUUGAUGCUAAAUUAUCUGUAGGAGGAUCAUCUUUGCACCUUCUCAUCUUCUUCCCAUGGUCAUAAGUGUGUCGGAACUAGACAGAUGAAUUGUGCCAAUGAAUGCUUGCUCUUUACUAGAUAAAGUUGUUUCUUCCCGUAUGGUAAUUCUGUUCAUGCAAGUAGUCUUGCUGCCCAUCUGCUGAUCCCUGAUGGUAUCUAUAUGAAACUAGAAUUGUAACUCCUGCUCUUAAUCUCUAUAUGGUAAUUCUAUUCAUGCAAGUAGUCUUGCUGCCCAUCUGCUGAUCCCUGAUGGUAUCUAUAUGAAACUAGAAUUGUAACUCCUGCUCUUAAUCUCUAUAUGGUAAUUCUGUUCAUGCA